GGAAAUAAUAGACGCUCCAGAUAGGAAAAGACAAAUAAGAGAAAAGGACGGCAGGAUUUGAAAAAUCGAAUAGAGAAGCGGGAUCAGAACACGUGGCAUGUAUCCGUUAUUCGACCGUUACAGAUAGAAAAAUGUUUCAUGUUAAUGAAUGAUUGAACCAACGAAGGAAGAAGGAAGAAGAAGAAGAAGAAGAAGAAGAAGAGAAGGAGCUGUGCAUUAUUCAUCACCUUCUUCUAUUUCUAUUCUCCCUUCAUAACAAUCAAAACCCCAACCCGACCCGUUUUCGAGAAAAACAAACCUCUCCAUCUCUCUCUCUCUGCCACCGCAAAUGGCCAUCGCAACAGAAACUCAACCUCAGCCGCAACAACACACGGCUUCUUCGGAGGUUUCAGGUUCAGCUAAGGAGCAAAGAAGGUGGACUCUAAAUGAUUUUGAUAUCGGAAAACCUCUUGGAAGGGGAAAAUUCGGCCAUGUCUAUUUGGCCAGAGAAAAAACUAGUAAUCAUAUUGUUGCUCUGAAAGUACUCUUUAAGAGCCAAUUGCAACAAUCCCAAGUUGAGCAUCAGCUUCGGCGAGAAGUUGAGAUACAGAGUCAUCUCCGACACCCCCAUAUCUUGCGACUCUAUGGUUACUUCUAUGAUCAGAAACGAGUUUACUUGAUUUUAGAGUAUGCACCCAAAGGUGAACUUUACAAGGAAUUGCAGAAAUGCAAAUAUUUCAGUGAAAGACGUGCAGCUACCUAUGUUGCAUCAUUGGCCCGGGCUCUUAUAUAUUGCCAUGGAAAGCAUGUAAUACACAGGGACAUUAAACCGGAGAAUCUUCUUGUUGGUGCACAGGGUGAACUGAAGAUAGCAGAUUUUGGGUGGUCAGUGCACACAUUCAAUCGCAGGCGGACCAUGUGCGGCACACUGGAUUACCUUCCUCCUGAGAUGGUGGAGAGUGUGGAGCAUGAUGCAAGUGUGGAUAUAUGGAGCCUUGGUGUCCUUUGCUAUGAGUUUCUUUAUGGAAUCCCCCCUUUUGAGGCUAAAGAACAUUCUGAUACUUAUAGGAGGAUAAUUCAAGUGGAUCUCAAGUUCCCUCCUAAACCAAUUGUUUCUUCUGCUGCGAAAGACCUCAUCAGCCAGAUGCUGGUCAAGGAUUCCUCUCAAAGACUUCCAUUGCACAAACUCCUGGAACACCCUUGGAUUGUUCAGAAUGCGGAGCCCUCCGGUAUAUACAGAAGCUAGAGUGCCUUGUCAAUUAUUGUGUUUUCUUAAUUGUGGAAAUCACCAAAAUAGCAGCUUCUUCAAAGUAAUCCACAACAUUUGGCUGAGAUGAUGCAAAACUAUUUGAAGAAGAAUUGUAAAAUUAAAACUAAAAAAAAAACCAUUUGCUGAAACACCUGAUAAAAGAACAGCAUUGGUUUGAGAAAAUCAAUUCACCAUGUUUACUAUUUGAUUUCAGAAACCGAAUAACUGAUUCGUUGUAUCCAAGUUUAUAUAUGUAUUAGUAUCAUACAUUGUGGAGCUUUGGUUAAUAUGUACUAUUAUCUACAAAUUGUUGUUUACUCAGAAGUUUAUUCUCCAACAAAACAAUAUUGGGUUUGAUCUUUGAUAA